AUGGUUCCCAUAGCAGUGGCUGCCAACUCCACUAAGGAACGGGAUGCGCCCCCUCUAGAAACAGGCAUCCUCAUUGUCCUCCUCUGCCUGUGCGGCCUGGCAGGGAAUGGGACUGUCAUCUGGCUUCUUGGGUUCAACGUAAGGAAGAACCCCUAUUCUGUCUACAUUUUCAACUUGGCCAUCGCCGACUUCCUCUUCCUCUUCUGCAUGGCUCUCUCAAGUGUUCUCAGUAGGCUCCAGUUUGGCCCCUGGCCCUGGGAGGCUUCCGAGGUCUUUAGAAGAAUCAGGUACCUCGUCUAUAGCCUGGGGCUGAACCUGCUGGCCGCCAUCAGCACUCAGCGCUGCCUCUCCGUCCUCUUCCCCAUCUGGUACCGUUGUCACCGUCCCAAUUAUCUGUCUGCCCUGGUGUGUGCGCUGCUGUGGGGCCUGUCCAUCCUGGAAAAUCUGCUGGCUAUCUAUUUCUGUGUUGUGCAAAAGGUAGCCUUGUGCCAAAAAUUCGACAUGGUUUGGGGGGUCUUGAUUUUUGGGGUCUUCACCCCCAUGAUGUGUGUAUCUGGCUUGACCCUCUUCAUUAGAGUCCAAAGGGUCUCCUUGAAACGCCAGCCGGCGAGACUCUACACCAUCAUCCUGGUCACCAUUAUGGUGUUUCUCAUCUGCGCCCUGCCCCUGGGAGUCCAUUGGUUUAUUCUUAGGUGGCUCCACCUGAAUGGGAAACUGAAAAGUAUCUUAUAUGAUGUGGCUAAAAUAUUCUCUUGUGUGAACAGCACAGUCAACCCCAUCAUUUACUAUGUGGUUGGGAGUCAGAGGAAGAGAAGGUUUCAUGAGCCCCUCAAGGUUGUGCUAGAGAGGGCUCUGUGGGAUGAAGAGACGUCCCCUGCAGAAAUGGAGCUGGGAUCGGACAGUUGUGGGGCUCAGGCUGGAGCUGAGGGUGUACGUGAGGAGCUCCGCAGGGCAACUGCCAAAUAGAGAGACCCCGCCUCUGUCUGGCAGCCCCAGUCUGGCUUGUCUGCCCUGGUGUGUCCUGGCCAGUGGGCUCUGCCCAUCCUGCAGAAUUUGGUGAGUGUCUAUGUCAGCUCUGGGCCACAGAACAGCCAGGAUUUCUCUUACACAAUGGCCCUAUUCUUCAUGGUGAUGGAUUUCCCAGGCCUCGGCCCAAAGAUGGGCAAGUCCAUAGUGACUCAGUUCAACACCAAGAGCCCCUGA